ACGCACAGUCACACGAAUGAGAACGCAACAAAAAAGGAAAUCAAACGAAAUUUUCAAAAAAAAAAACAUUUUCUUUUGACUUCACCUGGCCCAGAAUUCGGAUGCAAAGAUCCUGCCCCCGCAGGUGACUCGCAAUGGAGGCAACCGCUGCUAAAACCACGGCCUCGGCCAGCUCAGUAUCCACCAACUCCAAUGCAUCCAGUGACAAGAUGAACUACGCACUGCAAGUGGCCCUGCAGACGAUAAAGGAACGAUGCAUUCAGCUGCAGCGCCGCGUGGCCGGCAUGGAGGAGGAGAACCAGCGGCUAAGGGAGGCCUCCGCCAUGCCUUCUUCUACCGGCAACGGAGUAGCUGGCACCGGUGAAGUAAUUUCGCUGCGCGCACAAGUGUCUGAGCUGCAGCGUCAGAAGGAACAGCUGGAGGAGCACAUCGGUAUGGUCUCGAACGAGAAUCGCCGCCUCUGGUCGCGCCUCUCACAGAUCUCCAAGGACCAACAGCAGCAGUUGGCCCAGCAGGUGCCCAGCUCUCCCGACUCGCGUGCCAACCUUAGCCAGAACCUAGUGAGAUCUAAGACCUUCACACAGCACUCUCCGAACCCGCACCUGCGCCACAAGAUGCUAUCUGAUGGUCUAAGAGACCUGAGUCUGGAGGAAAUAGCUCUAGAUGACUUUGGAACCGGCGAUAGCGAGUUGGCUUAUCCGUACAACCUGCAAGUGGAGGAACCCGCCACUGAACCAGAUGCCAAUGUGGAUGCCAAACGCUGCAUGGACGGGCUGCAAGAGAUGCGGCGCGAGGCAAUGAAGCAGCAGCAGGAGCUGAGCUCAGCGCUCAACUUGCUGGAGAACCGCAUUGCGCGGCAGCCCUGUCCAGAUUGCGCCCAGAAGUCUGCUAAGAAGCCGGAGAUGGCCGACAAGAGUCUCGAGACGGAUGAGAGCCUCAACAACGAACUCAAACAGUAUCCAAUCGAACACAAUGGACACAAUGGAACGCCGCCCAGCCAGCGCAUUAACAUCGUCCAGGAGAAAAUAAAGGCCGAUGCAGCCGAUGCCAUGGAGAAGACCUGCCCCAUGUGCGGCAAGGUGUACAACAGCCAGGUGACCUUUAAUGCCUUCCGCGAGCACGUAGAGAUGCACUUCAUCGAUGACGCCCUCGACAUGGACGUGGAGAGUAGCGUUGAGCGGCAGUUUGAGUUCGUGUCGCACACAGUGGGAGACUUCUGACCCAACCGGCGCAUCUACUUUGCCACCGAGCUCUGACACUCUCCGUACUCUGUACUAAAACCAAAGCUGUCCGCGAAGAUUGCGACAGCCACUGGCGCAGUUUAACUGCCCAGAAAAGCGUGCUUGUUACGUUUCUAUUGACUAGGCAUGUAAGCGUACAUAUACAUAUAUCAAAAAUCAGUUACAUUAUUUUACUUUAAAUAUAUAUAAACCAUGAGUAUACAUGAAUACUUAGCUA